AUGUCUUCAUUUUAGAAACCAAAACAAUAGCAACCUUCAUUGUCUAAUUUAGAUGGCACCCAUAGAGGAGGUGUUGUGAGAAACUUAAAUGGAGUGCCUCAUAGUGAUUCUCACCUAAAUUAUAUUCCAGAAAGCCCUGACUUUGGCAGGCCAAUUUUUUUACAAGGCGGCCUUCUUAAUCCUCUACAUAAUUAAGCUCUCCAGAAUAAUUCUCUCCCUAUAAAUCCUUUCUUAAAUAUCAACCCACAAUUAAGCUUGAGCAUGUUUGAUUUACCCCCAGGAUCUUCUUCAAAUCUAUAACCUACAAAUCCAGCUCCACCUGCACAGAAUCAAGUCAAUAUAUUUGCCCCAAAUCUAGAUUAAGAAUCCACCAAUAAAAUUAAUAUUAAUCCUUUGAAUUUUCCAAACCAAAAUCUUUAGUAAAUGAUAAUAAACUAAUUGAUUUCUUAACAGUAGCAAUAGUUAUUAUAGUAAUAGUAAUUAGGCAAUGGACAGAAUAAUGGAUAACAAAUAAUUUCGAAUUCACAUAUAGCCUAGUAACCUUAAUAGCCUUAAUAGCAACAAAGCAAUUAAAUGUAGCAUAAUUAACAAUAGAAUUUGUAGCAAUAAAAUUCUCAAAUUUAAAAUUAAUUGAUAGUAUAGUUAGGACUGUUGAACAAUCCUUUCCUCAUAUAAUAGCUAUUAUAAGUAAUUAACAAUCCUCAUGAUUUAGCUCGCUUUUAAAAUAACCUUUAGCGCAUAUAAUAAUAAGCUCUUCAAACAAUCAAUUUACCUCCUUAAAUCCCUUUAAACACAAUACCUUAAGUACCUGUAGGUUUAGGUAUUAACAAUACCAAUUAAAAUGCUGCUAACGCUAUCGCAACUACUAACAAUUUACAACAAAAGCUAAUUCAUCAAUAAAAAUAAAAGGAAGAACUCACUAACAUGCUGGAGUUCUUGGUAGAAAAAAUGCAUCAAACUGACACAGAUUAAAUUUUCGAAAAGAAAUGUGAAUUCAAGUUUUUACAUGGCGACGACCUCACAAUAUUUGAUAAUAUAGUCCAUAAAUAUCAAUUUUCUAAAAAAACAAAAGAAGAAAUGAUUAAAUAUAUCUUAAGAAAGUGCUUUAAAUUUUUAAAAAGCAACAUUAAACAAUAAGAAAUAGUUGGAUAAAAAGAUAUUGAAGUUGCUUUUACCCUAAAAUACUUUGGUAGUGAAAUAGAAAGUUAAUAACAACUUUAAAUUCAAAAGCAAUUUUUGCAUAGCGAAAAUAAUUUGGGAGCUAAUAGAAAUAGAGAUUCUGACGAUUCUGACGAUCAACUCGAUGAAGUAAAAAUUAAGCAAGAAGAUAAUAAUCCCAUCAAAGAAAUAGGAUCUGUUAACAACCUUAACUCCACCAAACAUCUUCCAAGCAUGUCAAUUAACAAUCUUGAUUCUGAUGAUAUUAUUGACAAGGUUAUGCCUUUCAAGCAAGGAAGCAAGAUAAAAACUAUGAAUAUUUAAUUCUUGAAGAUGAUUUUCAGAAGCGAACUCUUCGUUAAAGAUUAUCAAGUUUAUUUAGAAAAAUUCGAAGAAUUGGCUUAAAAGGAAAAUUAGAAAAAAAUACAAAAGUGUGUGAAGAACCUCCAAGAUUUUAUAGAAAAAGGAUAAAUCAGUAAAGUAAAAUCUUACAAGAGACUUCCUUGGUUAAAGAUUUGGUUGAAAGAAACUUAUGAUCUUGCAAAAACUCUCUGUGCUUAUGCAGAUGAAGAUAAUGCAAAAGAAUCUGAUAUAUUAGCAUCUCAAAGCGACUUAAAGAAAAAGCUUAAGACUUAGGAGUCAUCUACAAAGCUUUAAAAUGCAAAAAAUAGUUGUGACGACAGCGAAUAACAAACUCCUUAUUCACCCCCCGAUUUUAACAAAAUGCCUUUCUCAAAUAAUAACUAAAAUGGAAUUGCAUCUGGAUCCCUUUCUUCAGCUUCUAAAUUGAAAGUUUCUUCACCUUAAAAUUCAGAAGGUUAAAAGUCAGAAUAUAAUGCAAUUCUCAAAAAAUAAUAACAGCUUGAGGAUGCACAAAAAAAAUCUAACUCUUAGUCAUAAUAAUAAUAAAGUGGGGAGUGGAAAACUCCAGAAAUUGUAAGAAGAAGUCCUCCAAGAGUUGACGAAAUUGAGCUACCAGCUUCUGAUAGUAUAAAAGGAUUUGAAGUUCCUAAAGCUAAAAAGAGCUCUGAAUUAACUCAAAACGAUCUUCACGUGAUAAUAGAAUAAAAUUCUGAAAAAAAUUCUACUUCUAAUUAAAUUAUUAAGCACGAAGAGAAUGAGCAAUUAAUAACUGCAACCAUUUUAAAAGAUGUCUAAACUCUAAAUUCCACAAUAGUUUGA